AUGCUUCACCUACCAGCAAAAAAAGAUGAACGCGCCGUUAAAUCGGUCGUUGAGAAGACGAACGUGUCCGAUAGACGUCUGACAGCUGAUGGAGAAUAUCGUUUCCCGGUGAAAAUUGUUAAACAGCCGACCGUCGUCAAGGGAGUACAAAAAGAGACAAUCUCAAAUAUUCCGAAAAUUCUAGAAAUCGCUGACGACACGAAUCCAUAUACGGAGAAAUUAUCGAAAUAUCAACCGGAGAUUGCGAGUCGACUGGUGUCUUUAUUUGCACCGAAAUUCGAAUUCUCGACGCCAAGCACAAGUGAAGAAGAUGAUGAAAUUGAAUCACAAUCUGUUGAAGAGGAAAACCUGGUGAGCAUUAAUGUUGAUGGUGUGAUCAAGAAGGUGCCCAAAUUGAUUCCGUGCCAUCGUUGUGCUUCCGAUAUGCGGAUUUGCUUGAGAGCGGUGCGAUAUAAGGGCGAACGCAAACAGUAUCCAUCUUAUAGAUGCAUUCGCAAAGGAUGUCAAACGUUCUGUGCCAUCAAAAAACUACUGUUGCCGAGUUUUGAUGAACGAUGGACGUCGCCGGUAACAACGAUUUUCAAUAAUGUGUACGAAUAUGACGAUAUUCCGAAGGAGUAUGAUGUUUUGAAAGAACACAAUUAUGCGUUGCCGGCAUCGUGCGAUCCGUAUGCUGACCAAUGGACCUCUCCAAUCACUUGUCCAGUCGAUGAUAGUACCGAGAUAAUUGAUUUCGGAUUUUAA